AUGCCAUCACUUCUCUUAUCGCACUUUUGGUUAUCAAUUCCAGAAAAUUGCAAAAAAACCACAUCGGUCCAAUGCGAAAUGGGUGGAUUUCCUCAUCCUCGAGACUGCCAAAAAUGCAUCUGCCCCGGUGGUUAUGCCGGAAAGCGGUGCACUGAGAGACCAUCAUCAGGGUGUGGCGAUACAAUUAAAGCUUCGCCUGAUUGGACGAGACUUGAGAAUACUGUCGGCCUUGGCCGUGAUGAGCAAGAAGACUUUGAGACAUGUCACUACUGGAUUGAAUCUCCUGAAGGAACCGAAAUCGAAGUGAAAUUAGUGAAUUUCACAAAAGGCCUUUCUGUUGACGGAUGCAGUUAUGCAGGUGUAGAGAUCAAGACCAACAAGGACCAAACGCUCACUGGUUACAGGUACAUUGGUUGA